CAAGAUUCAAAAUAUAGAGAGAGAGGCAGUGGACAGAGAGAGAGGGGGGUUAUUCUUUCUUUAGCAUUUCCUCUCGUCCUUCCUUUUGCCUUCGAUUAAUCGAAAUUCAAGCCCUAAAUCUUCUAAUCAAGGCACGAAUAGAUCUAAUUCCCACAGAUCUCUCUGAUUCCGUUCCCUUCUGUUCGGGUUUCACUCCGAUCGAUCGCCCUCUCACCUCGUUCUCACUUUUAAUUGUCUGAAGGGGUUAUAUCUGUUGGGAUCAGAUCGUCGAUCUCUGAAAUAUCGGGUCUAUGGAGGCGAUCGAAGAGUUGGCUCAGCUAUCGGAGUCGAUGCGGCAAGCUGCGGCUCUGCUUGCCGACGAAGACGUUGACGAAAACACCGGGUCCUCAUCCGGUUCUUCUAGAAGGGCAUCUACUUUCCUCAAUGUCGUAGCUCUUGGCAAUGUUGGUGCUGGUAAAUCUGCAGUUUUGAACAGUUUAAUAGGGCAUCCCGUUUUGCCAACUGGUGAAAACGGUGCCACUCGAGCUCCCAUAAGUAUUGAUUUACAGAGGGAUGGUUCUUUGAGCAGCAAAUCGAUUAUUUUGCAGAUUGACAAUAAGUCUCAACAAGUUUCUGCAAGUGCAUUGCGUCAUUCUCUACAGGAUAGAUUGAGUAAGGGUUCCUCGGGCAAGAGUCGAGAUGAAAUAUAUUUGAAGCUACGCACAAGUACAGCUCCUCCCUUGAAGUUGGUUGAUUUACCCGGGCUGGAUCAACGGAUCAUGGAUGACUCGCUGGUUAGUGAAUAUGCUGAGCACAACGACGCCAUUCUGCUAGUUAUAGUACCUGCCUCACAGGCACCUGAAAUUGCUUCAUCUCGAGCCAUCAGAGUUGCCAAGGAAUAUGAUGGAGAUGGUACCAGAACCAUUGGUGUGAUUAGUAAAAUAGAUCAAGCUGCAUCGGAUCAGAAAUCUCUAGCUGCAGUUCAGGCUCUCCUGUUAAAUCAGGGUCCAUCGAGGGUAUCCGAUAUCCCGUGGGUUGCUUUGAUAGGUCAAUCAGUGUCAAUAGCCUCUGCACAAUCUGGAUCAGUUGGCUCAGAGAGUUCUUUGGAAACUGCAUGGAGGGCAGAGAGUGAAAGUCUCAAGUCCAUACUAACUGGAGCCCCACAAAGUAAGCUUGGGAGAAUAGCUUUGGUGGAUGCUCUGUCACAGCAGAUUCGGAAUCGCAUGAAAGUUCGGCUUCCAAAUCUCCUCUCUGGGUUACAAGGGAAGUCUCAAAUAGUUCAGGAUGAGCUGGUAAGGCUUGGUGAGCAAAUGGUCCAAAGUUCUGAGGGCACCCGAGCUCUAGCAUUGGAACUUUGCCGUGAAUUUGAGGAUAGGUUUCUCCUGCAUGUUACAUCUGGAGAGGGUGCUGGUUGGAAAAUUGUUGCCAGUUUUGAGGGGACCUUUCCAAAUAGAAUGAAGCAGCUUCCUUUAGACAGGCAUUUCGAUAUCAACAAUGUCAAGAGGAUUGUGUUGGAAGCGGAUGGCUAUCAGCCAUAUCUCAUUUCCCCUGAAAAGGGUUUAAGAUCCUUGAUUAAAGGUGUCUUGGAGCUUGCAAAAGAACCAUCUAGGCUUUGUGUUGAUGAGGUGCACCGUGUCCUGGUAGAUAUAGUUUCUGCCUCUGCAAAUGCUACCCCAGGUCUUGGAAGAUACCCUCCUUUCAAGAGAGAGGUUGUGGCCAUUGCAAGUGCUGCCUUAGAUGGGUUUAAGAAUGAAGCAAGGAAAAUGGUUGUUGCGCUCGUGGAUAUGGAGCGGGCUUUUGUACCCCCCCAACACUUCAUACGUUUAGUGCAAAGGAGGAUGGAGAGACAGCGCCGAGAGGAGGAGCUUAAAACUCGAUCUUCAAAAAAGGGGCAUGAGGCAGAGCAGGCAACACUAAACAGGGCAACUAGUCCUCAAACAGGUGGUCAGCAGGCUGGUGGAAGCUUGAAAUCAAUGAAGGACAAAUCUGGUCAGGCAGAGAAAGACGUUCAGGAGAAUUCAGGUUUAAAGACUGCAGGUCCUGAAGGAGAAAUAACAGCAGGUUUUAUGUUAAAGAAAAGUGCAAAAACUAAUGGAUGGAGCCGUCGGUGGUUUGUUUUGAAUGAGAAGACUGGAAAGCUUGGUUACACCAAAAAGCAGGAGGAAAGAAAUUUUCGAGGAGUCAUCACUUUGGAGGAAUGUAAUAUUGAAGAGGUAUCAGAUGAGGAAGAACCUUCAUCAAAGAGUUCGAAGGAUAAGAAGGCUAAUGGGCCAGAUUCUGGAAAAGCACCAAGUCUUUUGUUCAAGAUCACUAGCAAGGUUCCAUAUAAAACCGUUUUGAAAGCCCAUAGUGCUGUUGUAUUGAAGGCUGAGAGUGUGGCCGAUAAGAGUGAAUGGAUGAAUAAGAUAAGAAAUGUUAUUCAACCUUCUAGAGGAGGACAGAUGAAGAGUGAAGGUGGUAUGCGACAAAGCCAUUCUGAUGGUUAUCUGGAUACAAUGGCUCGAAAACCAGCUGAUCCUGAAGAAGAGCUUCGGUGGAUGUCUCAAGAAGUACGUGGUUAUGUUGAAGCAGUUUUGAACAGUUUGGCUGCAAAUGUUCCCAAAGCAGUUGUUCUUUGCCAAGUCGAGAAAGCGAAGGAAGACAUGUUAAAUCAGUUGUAUAGCUCCGUCAGUGCACAAAGCACAGCAAGGAUUGAAGAGUUGCUUCAGGAGGACCGGAAUGUAAAAGGUAGGAGGGAACGCUACCAAAAGCAGUCUUCUCUUCUUUCAAAACUAACUCGCCAACUUAGCGUUCAUGACAACCAGGCCGCUGCUGCCUCCAACUGGUCUAAUGGUGGUGGAACAGAAAGCAGCCCAAGGACCAAUGGUCCAUCUGGAGAUGACUGGAGAUCUGCUUUUGAUGCAGCUGCUAAUGGCUCUGUUGAUUAUAAUUCCUAUGGUGAUAAUUCUAGAUCUGGAUCCAACGGUCACAGCCGACAUCACAGCGACCCAGCGCAAAAUGGGGAUGUGAACUCUGGUUCAAACUCCGGCAGCCGACGUACACCUAAUCGGUUGCCCCCGCCACCACCACAGUCUGGCUCUUUGAGUUACAAAUAUUAUUAAAAGAUGGACGUAUAUUGGUUGACGACUUGUAUUUUCAAAGCAUUUUUGGUGGGUGAGACCAUUCAGCCCGACUGCAUUCUCUAUUCCUGGGUCAGAAUCAUUAGAAGGAAAGGAGAAACGCGUGCGAGAGAGAGAUAGAGAGAGAGAGAGUUCGUGUACAUAAAAGACUACAGCUCGUCGGUUUCAAGUUCUCAUAGCUUGGCCCUGUGUCACAUAGAUGGAUUGAAGGUUCACUCGAAAUCCAGUUAUUAUAUUCUAUUCAAUUUUUCCUCUUUAUAAAGUUGUUAUGUUCUUAUUUCUCUGCUCAUUUUUGGAUGCUAUAGAAUGUAUUUGCUUGUAUUGAUUCAGAUUACGUGUACUUUCCAUUUCUGAUGGCCUUGUAACACGUGGAACAUCUUUUCAAUUGAAGGCUACAUUCUGUUGUCAA